GUUCUGUAGAAAAGAAGCAACAGAGAAGAUCGAUUCGAACCCGCUCAGAGUCUGAGAAAUCCACUGAAGUUGUGCCAAAGAAGAAGAUCAAAAAGGAGCAGGUUGAAACGGUUCCCCUGACAGCAGUGAAGACAGGAUUGCAGAAAGGUGCCAGCGAGAUUUCAGAUUCUUGUAAACCCUUAAAGAAAAGGAGCCGCGCCUCGACCGACGUGGAACUGACGAGCUCCGCUUACAGAGACACGUCCGACUCCGAUUCAAGAGGACUCAAUGAUUUACAGGGUAGUUUUGGAAAGCGCUCAGACAGCCCCUCAGCCACUGCCGAUGCCGAUGCUUCUGACGUGCAGUCGGUGGACUCCAGCUUAUCCCGGAGAGGGACGGGAACAACUAAGAAAGACACCGUUUGUCAGAUCUGCGAGAGCUCUGGGGAGUCGCUGGUGCCCUGCGAGGGCGAGUGCUGCAGCGUGUUCCACAUGGAGUGUCUCGGCCUGAAGGCGAUGCCCGAUGAGAAAUUCGUCUGCGCCGAGUGUAAAAACGGAGAACACACAUGCUUUUCCUGCAAACUUCCCGGCAAAGACGUGAAGCGCUGUUCCGUCAACACGUGCGGUAAAUUUUACCACGAGGCCUGCGUGCGCAAGUUUGCCACCGCCCUCUUCGAGUCGCGAGGGUUUCGCUGCCCGCAGCACUGCUGUACCGCCUGCUCGAUGGACAAGGACAUCCAUAAAGCAAGCAAAGGUCGCAUGGUGAGGUGUUUGCGCUGCCCCAUCGCCUACCACUCGGGAGAUGGCUGCAUCGCUGCGGGGAGCUUGUUUGUGUCAUCCCACAUCCUCAUCUGUAGUAACCAUUCCAAAAGGAGUCACUCCUCAUCAGCUGUAAAUGUAGGCUUUUGUUUCGUUUGUGCAAGAGGGUUGGUAGUGCAGGACCAUUCAGACCCCCUGUUCAGUUCAUAUGCCUAUAAGUCCCACUACCUACUGAAUGAAUCAAAUCGUGCUGAGUUGAUGAAAUUACCUAUGAUUCCUCCUCCUUCGUCAGCUUCCAAAAAGAAAUGUGAGAAAGGUGGAAAACUCUUGUGCUGUGAGUCCUGCCCAGCUUCCUUUCACCCCGAGUGUCUCAACAUAGAAAUGCCCGAGGGCUGCUGGAAUUGCAAUGACUGUAAAGCUGGCAAGAAGCUGCGUUACAAGCAGAUCGUUUGGGUCAAGCUUGGAAAUUACAGGUGGUGGCCAGCAGAGAUCUGCAAUCCCAGGUCUGUGCCUCUCAACAUACAGGGCCUCAAACAUGAUAUCGGGGACUUCCCAGUAUUUUUCUUUGGUUCCCAUGACUACUAUUGGGUACACCAGGGCAGAGUUUUCCCUUAUGUUGAAGGAGAUAAAAGCUUUGCUGAGGGGCAAACUAGUAUUAACAAGACCUUCAAGAAAGCACUUGAAGAAGCGGCAAAGCGCUUCCAGGAGCUGAAAGCACAAAGAGAGAGCAAAGAGGCACUGGAAAUUGAAAGGAAUUCACGGAAACCUCCACCUUAUAAACACAUCAAAGUGAACAAGGUCAUAGGGAAGGUGCAGAUCCAGGUGGCGGAUCUGUCCGAGAUCCCACGCUGUAACUGCAAGCCGUCGGACGAGAACCCGUGCGGGCUGGAGUCGGAGUGUCUCAACAGGAUGCUGCAGUAUGAGUGCCACCCCCAGGUGUGCCCGGCCGGGGAGCGCUGCCAGAACCAGUGCUUCACCAAGAGGCUGUACCCUGAUGCCGAGAUCAUCAAAACCGACCGGCGCGGCUGGGGGCUGCGGACAAAGCGGAGCAUUAAGAAGGGUGAAUUUGUGAACGAAUACGUUGGUGAGCUAAUUGAUGAAGAAGAGUGCAGGCUGCGGAUCAAACGUGCGCAUGAAAACAGCGACCGGAUAAUAGAUGCUGGCCCAAAGGGGAAUUAUUCUCGCUUUAUGAACCACAGUUGCAAUCCCAACUGUGAAACACAGAAGUGGACAGUGAACGGUGACAUCAGGGUCGGACUCUUUGCUCUUUGUGAUAUUCCUGCAGGAAUGGAGUUAACAUUUAAUUACAAUCUGGAUUGCCUGGGCAAUGGUAGGACCGAAUGCCAUUGCGGAGCAGAAAACUGCAGCGGUUUCCUCGGAGUGCGUCCAAAGACAGCGUUUGCAACGGCGAAUGAAGAGAAGGUGAAGAAUGCAAAACUAAAGCAGAAGAAACGGAAAAUAAAAACAGAGCAGAAGCAGAUGCACGAAGACAACUGUUUCCAGUGCGGAGAUGGGGGAGAACUGGUCAUGUGUGACAAAAAGGACUGUCCCAAAGCGUACCACCUCCUAUGCCUUAACCUGACUCAACCACCUUUCGGAAAGUGGGAAUGUCCGUGGCAUCAGUGCGACGUCUGUAGCAAUCCUGCGGUUUCCUUCUGCGAGUUUUGCCCUCAUUCGUUCUGCAGAGACCACGAGAAGGGAGCCCUGGUGGCGUCGGCGCUGGACGGGCACCUCUGCUGCUCCGCGCACGACCCCAAAGCUCCCGUGGCGCCUGAGUACUGGAGCAAGAUCAAGUGCAAGUUGGAAGCACAGAACCCCGUGGAAGAGGCGAAGGAGUGA